AUGGAGAAGAUUGUGUUUUAUGAGGACAGGAACUUCCAGGGGCGGUCCUACGACUGCAAAGGAGACUCCGCUGACCUGCAUGACUUUUUCGCUCGAUGCAACUCUUGUCGGGUGGAGGGCGGCUGGUGGGUCCUCUAUGAGCGCCCCAACUACAUGGGUUACCAGUACAUCAUAGGACCCGGGGAGUAUGCAGACUACCAGCACUGGAUGGGGUUCAACGACUGUAUCAGAUCCUGUCGGGUCAUCAAAAAAGUAAGUCAUACCACUGGCCCCUACAAGCUGAGGCUGUUCGAGAGGCCUAACUUCGAUGGUCAGUCCCUGGAGGUGACUGAGAACCUGCCCUCUGUCCAGGAACGUUUCCACAGCCGCGAGAUCCACUCCUGCAAGGUCCAGGAGGGUUCCUGGGUCUUCUUCGAGCACCCCAACUUCCGCGGCCGCCAGUACCUGCUAGAGAGGGGGGAGUACCGUCGCUACACCGAGUGGGGAGCUCUGCAUGCCACCGUGGGCUCCAUCCGUCGCAUCAUAGCCACUGGCGAGAGAUGA